AUGGCCAGACCUUUGCGAGUCCUGGAGGAGCUGCUCAAUGAUGUGCGUGUUGGCCGUUUCCGCCCAGAUGAGACCAGGAGCGGAAGAUUCAGGGACGUGGUUCUGGAGGGUUGCACCAUGGACGAAUCCUUCGCGUCAACACCUUUCUCACUCGUUGGUGAAUGGGUCGAAGCCAGUGAGCCUUGUAACAAACCACGAGAAGUUGAGGUGACCAACCAGAGCCGAGAGUCUGCCGAAAUCAUUGAGGUCGACCCUGACAGCCCGAAGAGGGAAGAGGAGGACAAUGCAUCAUCAGAGGCGCCGGAUACAUCCACAAGCUCAGAUGAGAGUGCCGCUGUCCUCAGUGGGGCCAGGAGACCGCUGCGUGUUCCUACCGUGCCGGACUCUUUGAAGCUUGUGCAGCAUACGAAGCUUCGAACUUUGCAUUGCAUGGAGAAGGAACACCAGCUCAUCUUGUUGUGUGGUCGCAAAGCAGUGCCAGAAAGAUACGGCGUGGUGGAGGAGGUAACAGCAGGUGAUGUGACAGAGCCUGGCAAGACAUUGCCCUUCAUCGAGAAGCAGAGGAGGUUGAGAGCUCAGCAAACGCGCAUCACUGGAAUCAGUCAUAAACACGAGCAGCAGGCCUCUCAUGCUUUGAUUGAUGCAGCCUUCAACAUUCUUGAGACCGGUGCAGUUGUUUACCUGCCACCUUCGAAGUGUGGCUCGCGAGAUGCUGAAAUCCAGUCAGAAGCAAAGAACAAGCAGAAGCAGUUAUUGACUUUGGAGCAAGGAACUAUCAAGGCCACAGCCUCAGAUGCCCUGGUCUCUGUGGACAUUGGGACUGAGAUGAAAUUGAUGUACGCCCUUCAGCGCCGGGGACUUGCGUUUGACUUAGUCAAUCUUGUGUCUUGGCCAGUGCAUAUGGAAUGGGUCAACAAACUCUUUAGAGCACUCAUGUCUGAAGCAGUCCCAGGGUUUAAUAGCAUCACCUUGCAGCAGUUGCUUCGUGCCGAUCAGGAGCUAUUCCUAACUAUAGCAGCCGAAUUUGAUGGUUCGCUCAAGGGGGCAAACGUUGGUGAUCCGCCACCUCUCGAUGCAGUCAUUCAAAGGUUGAUGAAUGACCCUCGCAUCAAUAUUCAUUUAACCCCAACUGCUAGAGGUGAGAAACGUAGCAUUCAGCAAGAAGGUGACAAGGUGUCCAACCCGCCCCCCGAAGAAGCAGAAGCAGCCCAAGCCGGGUGCACUGCGAUUGACAAGGACCCAGGUUUCAAAACCGCUCCAAAGCCUUUGAGGAGCGAUGCUUAUCCAGAUGGCCUACCCAACUUGACGGAGUCGGAGCAUCAAAGGGUGUCAGAGGCUAACAGAAGUUAUGCAGCGAUGUCGGAGCUUAUUUUUGCUUUGGUGGAAUUGGGAGUCAGCAUCAGCAUUGAAAACCCUCGCAACUCUUUGUUGUGGAAGACUUCCUUCUUAAAGCAUUUGUUGGGCAAGUUGCCAACCUACCAUGUUUGCACUUUUCACCAUUGCAUGCACGGGGGAAAGCGUGAUAAAGACACUGCUUGGUAUAGCUUCAACCCGCGUGAUCCGCAGAGGGAUUUGUUCGCGAGCUUGGCACUGAAGUGUAACAAACAACACCAACACGCGCCCUGGAAACCCUAUGUGGACGCCUCAGGGAAACGAAUUUUCCCAACAGCAGAUGAAGCCGCUUAUCCGCACUUGCUGUGUGAGCGCGUUGCAUACAUCUUGAGGACAGAGGCCACAAAGGCGGGCUUCAUUUUUCCCACUGACUUGCACCAACAGUUGGACCACACCAAUGUCAGUGCAAAACGCCAGCUGUUUACAACACAACCUAGAGGUCGUCGUCUCAGGCCGUUGGUCUCUGAGUUCUCGGGUUAUGUAACGGUGGUAACCUUGCCUGAUAGGUCCGAAUUUUUGGAGCAAACUCUUCGUACACUCCCCAAGGGAGCUCGCAUUUGUCAUCGGGUUCUCCAGCAGCGGGGGUGGAAUCGGGAUGACAUGGCACAGAAAUCACGCACUGUUGUCGUUGACGAGAGGUGUGGCACGGAUGGGCAAUGUGAAGUAGUGAACAUUGGCAUCCCAAGGGAACCCAGUGAGUUUAUACAAGAAGCCUUGAACAAGGGUCACCCUAGAGACAUCAUUGCAAACAUACGGGACGCCGAGCGGGACCUGCUUUUGAAUUUGGUGCAUCAACCUUGCUCUGUUCGUUUCCAAAAGCGUGCAGCCUUCAUGAAGAAAUGGCUUAAGAGAUCCUUGGAGCUGAAAGAAAGCGAGCAGAAGUUGCAUGAUUCCCUUGCGCCACACUUGGUCCCCAUCCUGAUGGGUAAACGGCUCUUGUUGUGGAAGGAGAUCUUGAUUGACCUUGCAUACUCUGACGUAGCCGUUAUCGAUGAUGUUGUAAAAGGGUUCGCAUUGACAGGUUGGGCGCCGCAAACUGGAGUGUUCCACAAGCAUGUUCGAAAGCCCAGUUUGACAACCCAGGAACUGCGGAAAAGAGCAGCCGGUUUGAAUGCGGCGGUCACGGGCUCGUUGGAAAACAGCACUGAAGGUCCGCAUGAUCAGUAUGCUUGGGACGAAACCAUGGAAGAGGUUCAGAAGGGGUGGCUCGGUGUUAGCGAUGGGUCGAGUGAAUGUGUCAUUGCCAAGCGUUUUCCUCUGGUGCAAGGAAGCAAAGUGCGAUUGAUCGAUGAUUUCUCGAUCUGUGGAGCCAAUUCUGCCUACGGUAUGACAGAGAAGCUUCGGGUUCAAAGCAUAGAUGAACUCACAGCUUACCUUGCCUACAUCCUUGACUCUACCGAAGGUGCUGCAUGCCCUGCUCUGGUAGGACGCACGUUUGAUCUUAAACAUGCUUACAAACAGUUUGGUGUGGAUGAGUGGCACAGCAAGUUUUUGAACAUCGCAGUGCGGAAACCCGGAGGCUCGUACGGCCUGUUCAAAGUCUACGCACUGCCGUUCGGAGCUUCAGGAAGCGUCACCAGUUUCCUCAGAGUUGCUUGCAGCAUCGCAUACAUUGGCACAUAUGGUUUGGACAUCACCUGGACUAGUUUCUUUGAUGACUUUACUGUACUGUGCACACAGGAGGAGGCUGAUAACGUCGGAUGGUACGUUGAGUCAUUGUUUAAAUUGCUUGGAGUCGAAUACGCCGCCACAGGUGACAAAGCUCCACCCUUCCAAAGUGCUUUCAAGUCCUUGGGUUUGAUAAUAGAUGUCUCAACGGUCACUUCAGGAACCUUUUCGAUACAGCAUACCUCGAAGAGGCGUGACGAGUUGCUCAAUAGCUUACGCUCCAUUCUGAAGGCAGCAGCCGCUGCUCCAAAAGAGCUCGAACGAUUGCAUGGGAGACUAGUCUGGUUCAGCUCCUUCAUCUAUGGUAGGUUGAUGAAUGGCUUUGUUCGGACUUUAUCUGAAUUUUCUCGGGUUCGCACUAGCAGGGUCUUGGUCCAGGGUUCGCUGGCUGAAGCCUUGCAGGGUCUUGAGAAAUUGGUGGAGCAGUCCCAACCUGUGAGGGUUAGUCGAGCUUUGUGUUGGACUUGGCUAGUAUUCACCGAUGGAGCGUAUGAGAAAUCUGACCAGGGUUUCGGUAGUGUGGGAGGCGUUCUUGUCAGCCCGCACGGGACUUUGAUUGAACUUUUUGGAGAAAGAGUCAAUGCCGAGUUCUUGGAGAUCUUGCUGGGCACAUCAAAGCAUCCCAUAUAUGAGUUGGAAAUCCUGCCAGUCCUGAUGGCAGCUUCGCUCUGGGCUACCUACAUCGCUG